GAUGUCCGUUAGCUGACAGUUGAGGACUGUCACACGUUGAAUGGCAGCUGUCUCCUCUCGUCUGCUCUGACCAGUGUUUGACGGUCGGACUUGCUGUGAUAUCCAACACAAUGGACAUGUUCACGUUGGGGUAUCUCUUCGGACCCGCUUUCCUUUUUGGUUGUGAACUAUCUAUCCCGCCUUUGGCUGUUUCGAUUGACGAAACGUCACCCUCGCCUGAUAUCGAAGCGGCCGACCAAGUUGAGUUUCCCUCUGUGAAUAAGCAUAAGCCAUGGAUAGAGACGUCCUACCACGGUGUGAUAACAGAGAAUAUGGACACCGUGCUGCUCGACCCGCCUCUGGUGGCCUUGGACAAGGACGCGCCAGUACCCUACGCAGGGGAGAUCUGUGCCUUUAAGAUCCACGGGCAAGAGGCCCCGUUCGAGGCGGUGGUUCUGAACCGGACGUCGGGGGAGGGGGUUCUGCGGGCCAGGAGCCCCAUCGACUGUGAGGUCCAGAAGGAGUACACCUUCAUCAUCCAGGCGUACGACUGCGGAGCGGGGCCUACUGGUGUGGGGUGGAAGAAGUCACACAAGGCAGUGGUCCACAUCCAGGUGGAUGACGUUAACGAGUUCUCCCCCGUGUUCCGUGAGCCGGUUUACACGGCGACGCUGACGGAGGGCAAGAUCUACGACUCAGUUCUGCAGGUGGAGGCCUGGGACCAGGACUGUAGCCCCCAAUACAGCCAGAUAUGCAACUACCAGAUCAGCACGCCACACACACCCUUCGCCAUCGACCGCAACGGUAACAUCCGCAAUACUGAGCGUCUGAGCUACGAUGUCCAGCAGCAUUACAAGAUCAUGGUAACGGCCUUCGACUGUGGACAGAACCGGGCGGCGGAGAGCGUACCAGUGCACAUCCAGGUCAAACCCGUCUGCAAACCCGGCUGGCAAGGUUGGAAUAAACGAGUGGACUAUGAGCCAGGCACGGGCAGCAAGCAGCUGCAUCUGGAGACGUGUGAGGGGCCGCUGUCGUCCGUCAGGGUGAAUGUGGAGCUGCAGACGAACCACAUCGGCAAGGGAUGCGACCGCGAGACCUACUCCGAGAAAUCACUACAGAGGCUAUGCGGCGCCGCUUCGGGCAGCACCGACCUGCUCCCCGCCCCCAGCUCCUCGACCAAUUGGACGGCCUCGCUGCUGACGGACAGCGGCCGCGACAGUGACCUCAUCUUCCGCUUUGACGGGCGGCAGGCGGCCAACGUUCCGGACCGCAUGGUACCGCACAACCUGACGGACCAGUUCACCAUCGCUACCUGGAUGAAGCACGGACCCAGCCCCGGCCUCCGCGCAGAGAAGGAGACGCUACUAUGCAACUCAGACAAGACAGAGAUGAACCGCCACCACUACUCUCUGUAUGUCCACAACUGUCGGCUGGUGUUCCUGCUGAGGAGAGACUUCACUCAGGUCGACACCUUCAGACCAGCAGAGUUCCACUGGAAACUAGACCAGAUCUGUGACAAGGAGUGGCACUACUACGUGAUCAACGUGGAGUUCCCGGCCGUGACGCUGUUCGUGGACGGCGUGACGUACGAGCCGUACCUGGUGACGGACGACUGGCCCAUACACCCCUCGCAGAUCGACGUCCAGCUCACCGUAGGGGCCUGUUGGCAAGGUGGCGAGGUGAGCACUCCGCGCUUCACGCAGUACUUCCGCGGCAGCCUGUCGGGCCUGACCAUCCGGCCGGGGAAGAUCGAGACCCAGAAGGUCAUCUCCUGCCUGCAGGCCUGCAAAGAGGGACUGGACAUCAACUCACUGGAGAGCCUGGGCAAGGGUAUUAAGUUCCACUUCAACCCGGCCCAGUCGGUGCUGGUGAUGGAGGGUGAUGACCUUGACAGCGUCAACGCAGCUGUCUCCAAGGUCAGCUACAUCAACUCUCGCCAGUUCCCCACGCCAGGCCUCCGCCGCUUACACAUCACCACCACCGUGCAGUGUUUUGGCGAGGACAGCUGCAUUUCCAUCCCUGACAUCAAGGCUGCUGUCAUGGUGCUCCCUCCGAGCGAGCCGCGCAUCACCAUCGCCGGGGGCGACCGUCUGGUGCAGCCCGCCUCCGACUUCAGCUCCCCGGCCGGCAUCACGCUCUUCAAGGACACCAGGAUACUGAGUACCGUAUCUAGGGGAGACGCAGCAUCCAGCACUGGUUUGCAGGAGGUGAUGCAUAAUCUGGACUACUGUGACGUGCUGGUGAUCGGGGAGGAGCUGAACCCUGAACUGGAGAGUCUGGAACUGCACCAUAGCAGCCUGAUGGGCAAACACCUGGAUAGCACCAACUCUACUAGUGGAAUAUCUAUAUACGGUGUGGACUCCAUGUCCCAUUAUGAGCAGGCGAUUCGGCAGGUGAGGUAUCGCAACUGGCACCCGACUGCUCUGCUGGAGCGACGCUUCCGCCUCAGCUGCUCCGAACUCAACGGACGCUACACCAGCAACGAGUACAACCUAGAGGUCGGCGUGCUGCACAGCUCAGUGGUCGUCGAGCAUGUCAAUCACAUGGCUUCCCAGCAACAGUACAUGAGACCGGUGCAUCAUCCAAUCAUGGUCCACACUGUCAGCUCCAAUCAGAUCUCAGGCACCCCGCCUGCUGCCACAGUGGUGAUUGUGAUGUGUAUCGCUGCCCUGGUGGUGGUGGUGGUGGUUGGUAUCUACCGCAUCCAUGCCACCCACCAGGACGCCAAGGCAGAAGAGGAGGAGGAGGAGGGGGGCAAGGAGGCAGACAUGGACUGGGACAACUCCAACGUCACCAUCACCGUCAACCCCAUGGAGAACAUCCAAGCGAGCGAAGGGGCAGAAGAGGCACGAGAGGGAGAACAGGAGGAUGAGGAAGAAGAGGAGGAAGAGGAGGAGGAGGAGGAUGACGAGGAUGAAGAAGAUGAUGAGCUGGACUCAGAGGAGAGUGAGGAAGAGGAGACGCCAGCAGCAGGAGUACACAAGGGGGAGGGGAAGGGGAAAGGGGAGGCUAGGCUGCAGUGGGACCACAACACGUUACCAUAUUAAUCACCUGACCCCACACACACACACACACACACACACACACACACACACACACACACACACACACACACACACACACACACACACACACACACACACACAUAUCAUUUGGGGGCUUUUUGUUCAUUCGCUCACAUAAAUUUGCGCACACACACACACACACACACACACAUAGUAGUUGCACGCACAUCCAUAGUUGCACGUGUACACACACACACACACACACACACACACACACACACACACACACACACACACACACACACACACACACACACACACACACACACACACACGCACACACACACACACACACACACAUACACACACACACUCACACACACACACACACAUAGACAAAUGCAAAGUCAGCCGAUCCAUGUUAAAAAUGAAAAUUACUAAUUUAAUUCUAACAUGACUGACCUAAGUGUCAUUUUGGGAUUUUUGUUUGUCUGUUUGUUUUGUUCAUUUACUGAUAAUGAUGCAAUAUUGCCCCCCCCCUCUGGUUAAUUUGGGGAAUUGCACUGAAACGCCAUUUCCACUCCACAUCAAGGCCAUGUCUGCAUCGUUAGCACAAAUGCGUUCCUCGAAAGACAGAUGUUUAAAAAAAAAAACCUAAAGGCACAAUUAUUAGACACGCCAGACAUCUUUCAGCACCCUGCGAGAGGAACACCCUGAGAUAGAACAUUUUUUUAAACUUUGUGAAAUGAUUAGGAUGUAUUUGUACACCACAGGUUAUUGUUGUUUAUGUUAUGUUCCAGGCCCCCUUUUCUCAAAAGCAUCAUUGCUAACCAGUUAGCAGCUAAAUAGAUUUCCAAUGGGAAAUUACAUUGCAGCCAAGUACGUUGAUAACAUUGUCAAGAAAUGCACCCCAGGAUAGCACACGAUACUCUCUUUCCAAAAGUGAGACAUCUUAAUCCCACGUGAUAACGCAUACACUGUUCCAUGUGCUCUUCGCCUAAAUAACACAGACACAUAUUGCAUUUAUUUGCAAUAUUAAAUACCUUAAAAGUUG